AUGACGGUGUUUUCGAAAUCUGCGGCGUUUGCCAUCACGGCCUUUUUGGCCGUGGCGGCGGAUGCACACAUGAUCAUGCAAUCCCCUGUGCCAUACGGCAAAUCGACCCUCAACAACUCCCCACUGGAUGGUAGUGGUUCCGACUUUCCCUGCAAGCAGCGCCCUGGUGUCUAUGACGCCGAGGGUGCUAGCAAUGUCGCAGCCAUUGGCGAACCUCAGACUCUCAGCUUCAUUGGUGGUGCCACUCAUGGCGGUGGUUCUUGUCAAGUCGCUCUGACUACUGAUCUGCAACCUACCAAGCAAUCGAAAUGGAUGGUCAUCAAGAGCAUCGUUGGUGGAUGUCCUGAUGCCUUUAAUGGCAAUCUGAAUGGUGACGCUAGCAGCACUGCCUCCACGAAAUUCCAAUACACCAUCCCCGAUGGCAUCGCCCCCGGCGAGUACACCAUCGCCUGGACUUGGUUCAAUCAUAUAGGAAACCGGGAAAUGUACAUGAAUUGUGGGCCUAUGACCGUUACCGGUGCGAAGAAGAAGCGAUAUGCACCUCCUCCCAAGGUCUCCAAGCGACAAACCAGCUUCCCCGAUAUCUACGUGGCGAAUAUCGACAACAAACAGUGCCAGACACCUGACAGCGUGGACCUGAUUUUCCCGAAUCCGGGCGCCGACGUCCAGACUGCUGGGAGCGGCCCCUAUGCUACCGCCACCUGUGAUAUCGGUAACGGCGGCAGCAACAAUGCUGGACAACCAACUGCAUCCGCCCCUGCCGCUUCUGGAGUCGCUACCAGUGCCGCGGCACCAACCGACGCCCCUGCUUCCGCACCAGCAUCCGCCCCUGCUUUCGCCUAUGGCAGUUCCGGUCAACAGCCGGCGGCGACUGGUGGUGCCAAUGACGGACAAUACACCGCUGGUAGCCCUACCGCCGGUAGCUUCGCAACUGGCGCAGUCUCGGUACCUACUCCUGCUCCUGCUCCAUCUUCCUCUUCUGACGCCCUUCAGGUCAUUCCCACCUCAGCUGCGGCUGGUCUAGCCCUCACCCCUGCUACUCCGGUUAGUCCCUCACAGACCUUGAGUGCACCACGAUACACUAACUCCUCUGUCCCUCAGAUCGCUCCGGGCAACGUUGCGGCACCGACUGGAACCGCCUCAGGCUCCACCGGUAGCUCUUCAGGCGCCUCCGUAGGGGCUGCAGGCCAGCUCACUGGUCCCUGCUCAAAUGAGGGUGAUUGGAACUGCAUUGAUGGCUCAAGUUUCCAGAGAUGCGCGUCUGGCUCGUGGAGCGCGACCAUCCCCCUGAGCGGCAUGAAAUGCACUCCCGGCGAGACCGGCAACAACAACUUCGCCAUGACUCCUGUCAAGGCCAAGCGGUUCGAGGCUUGA